AUGAACGGCACAUCAACAAACAAUGUGUUACCGCAGGUCCUCAAUCGCAUCCCGUGGCGCUUCAUUUACAUACCUGGCCUAUAUUUAAUUCUUUGUGGCGGCCUCACCCUCUCUCACGCAUUCGAUUAUGUAUGGAUGGAUCCCUUUCCAGGCUGGGCCGUCGCCUGCUCGGACGUUUUCGCCUUUCUGUUGGGUUCCUUCCUAGUCGAAAUUGGCCUUGUCAUAUGCAUAGCCUGGUACUUCCACAAGGACGAGCAUUCUGGGCGUUCAAAGGGAGCGCAUCCGAUCUCGACGGAUGUCUUCAGAAUCACCAGCGAGGAGAGGGCCCUUCGAAGCAUUGUUCGACGCUAUCCAUGGCGCCAUGCUCGCGUGUUUGGCCUAUGUCUAGUUAUUUUCACCCUGCUCAUCAUCGCUCAUGCAAUGAGUCUGCAUCGGAUGAACCCCGAUUCAGUAGACUGGACCACUGUUCUCCCCAUCCGAUUCGGCAUCAUGCUAGGAAUCAUCCUACAAUUGGGUGGCUUCCUUAUUUGCACCGGGUGGUAUUUGUUCAAGGAUCAAAAAGAGGCUAUGAAGGAGAUCAUGAGUACAAGGUGA